GGACGCUGGUUAAGAGGCAGAGUGGUUUGAGCGGAGUUUUUAGAGAACAUUUACAAAAACAAAAACAGAAACAACUUCCACAAUAAGAGGCGUGAUUAUCAGAGGAGUGACGAGUGGAGGUCUGUUUAUGAUCCCGCCCGAAAAAAAAAAAAAAAAGACAGAGAGAGAGAGAGAAAUCGUGGAUCCGUGAUCACUUGACACGCGGAAAUUGAUCGAAUCAUCAAGGACCCUAGUAAAACUAGAGAUAAAACUAUUACCACUAAUAAUAAAAUACAUCUUUCCUACAAGGCAAGUUUCUUUUCGGAGGUCAGUUAAAUCUACCUGAGUUACCUGUUGGAGAGGUGAGCGGAGCUGCUCUCACUGGAGUCCAGAAGUUAACCUAAAAUCUGCAGUGAAGCAAUGGACCCAACUAAUGUUCCAAAUGGAUGUGGUUCCGACAUCAGCUCCAUUUAUUAUAAUCUGUGUGAUCUGACAAAAGUUUGGGGGGUCGUAGUGGAAGCUCUCGCUGCUGCUGGUGUAGUGACUUCCUUUGUCCUGUUUGUCAUUCUGAUGGCCAGCUUACCAUUUGUGACAGACAAGAAAAGAAAGGGUAUGGUGGCCCUGCAGGCCAGCAUUUUAGUGUUCACACUGGGUCUGUUUGGACUUAGUUUUGCCUUCAUUGUGGGGCAGUAUUCUACCAGCUGUGCUGCUCGGAGGUACCUGUUUGGAGUACUCUUUUCAGGCUGUCUGGCCUGCCUGGUGAUGCACGGGCUGUGGCUUGCCCUGCUGCAAAGAAGAGGCCGGGGGCCCAGGAGCUGGAUGUUGUGGCUGGGAGCCCUUGGUCUCUGGCUUGUUGAAGUCAUCAUCAAUACUGAGUGGCUUAUCAUCACAAUGGUCAGGAACCCAAACAGAGGAAUCAUCGUUCCUGACCUGGCCUGCAGCAUUGUCAACUGGGACUUUGUGAUGGCCCUCAUAUAUGUAAUGGUUCUGCUGCUAGCUGUGGUGCUAACAGCUGUUCUCUCACUAACACACAAGCAAAAGGAGUGGCGCCGAGAUGGAGCUUUUAUCCUGGUCACAGGGCUCUUCACUUUGGCUCUUUGGAUAGCUUGGAUUGUCAUGUACAUCUACGGGAACCAAGCAGUUGGGAAUCCCAGCUGGGAUGAUCCAACUCUGGCUAUAGCAGUGGUAUCAAAUGCCUGGGUAUUCCUCUUCUUCUAUGCAAUUCCAGAAAUCUGUUUAUUGACUGAGGAGGACCCAAACAAGGAACAAUCCCAUGAUGGAGAAGAAGUCUAUCCUGCCACAAGCCUGGUUUAUGACAACAUACUUAAGGAGCCAGACCUAACCCAGCAGAACGUCUACAUAGAAAAUAAAGCCUUUUCCAUGGAUGAGCCUCCAGUGUCUCCAUAUGGGGCGUACAAUGGUAUGUUACGAAGUUGCGUAUACCAGCCCACUGAGAUAGCCUUGAUUGCCAAAGGUUUGACAAAGAACGACCAAGACUCCAUGAUGCCUCGAGCCACACCCCUCCCUGUGGGGAAUCGCAGUUCCCUAUCCUGUUCUGUGGAUUCCUUAACAUCUUCAGGACUAUCAUGAGAUAGCAGCCUGAGUUGUACUGCUACUUACAACAUCAUGUGGUUGUUACAGCAAUUAAGUAAAUCUGCACUGGGUUUUUCCUCCUCAGAGCUCAAGGAUCAGAUGUUUUAUAUCUCUUUCUCUUAAGUAAUAGCAGAGUGAAUGUCCAGUGUAUGACUGCUUUGUUUCCAUUCAUGCUUGUGUGCUGUUUGCUCUGUUCGCCAAGGCCACACGUCAUAAAUAGAAGAUUUUUAAUGACUCUAACGUCACUGUUGCCAUUGAUAGAUUACAGAGGCUAUAUAUAUAUAUAUAUAUAUAUAGCCAAAUAGAAGUUUUUCAUAUUGGAAAUGCACACCUCAGCUCUUCUGUUUCAGUUCUGCUUUGAUCACCUUUAUAAAUAUUAAUUCAAAAAAA